UUUUAAUUCGUCUUUUUAUUUUGUCGCUAAUUACCCUUUUAAUUUUACUUAAUUUUGGAUUCUCUGUCAGUUUUCUAAAUUUGCUUGUCAUUUUUUCUUUUAAACUUUUUGAUGAUUUUUUUCUUUUGUUAUCUUCUUCAAUAUCUUCAAUAUAAUCUUCUUCAUUAAACCAUGGAGAUUUUGGACUUGAAACUUUUCCUUCCUUCCUUUUUUCUUUCUCCCCUUCAUCAUCCUCUUCAUAAAUUUCAUGACUUGCACUUGGUUGUUGAUAAUCUUUUCGUACUGGAGAAGUUUGACCUGAGGAAGAAUCUGGAUAAUAAAAUUUCUCCCAAUCCCAGGGCUGUAUAUUUUGAAUUUUACUAUAGUCUGAUGACACUUCUUCAAAUUCUUCUAUUUCUUUAGAAGCUUCGAUGUGUUGGAAUGGUGGAAUCUCUCUCAGUGU